AAUGAUUUGAUGGCAACUCACCAAUUGGAAUCAACUUGUGUUUCGAGAAUAACUCUGGCUUAUUUCGAAGAUAUAAACAUGUAUGAAGUCGACUAUUCCAUGGCCGAUGAUUUCAAAUGGGGAAAAGGUUUAGGUUGUGAUUUCGUAAUGAAGAGCUGUUAUGAAUACAUCAAGGAGAGAAAAAGCAGAGGACAAGAUAUUCAGCCCUACUGUGAUGUUCCCUCCGAACAAAAAUGUGCCAGUUAUGAAAACGGGAUCGGUACCUGCGCACUGUAUAAACACAAGAAUCAAUUAAAUGAAGUCAAUCAGUAUAUGGAUGAUUCGUUUCUUUUUACUGACACUGAAAAGGAAAAGUAUGGAGGCUUUCCAUUUUUCGAUUACUGUCCAGUUCUCCUAGUUCACCCAUAUAAAGAAGGUGACACAGCCCUAUGCGAGACGAAAAUUGAUUUAAAACCAG